AUGGCUACCACUACGAGCCAAGUUGAGACCGUUCAUAUUACCACUAAUGGCACCGCUCUAGCCAAAACUGCACUGAAAGUUGUGCUUGGCGCCAUGGUGCUGGGCAAAGAAGGCGCCGAAAUAGCCCGAGUACAUGAUCUUAAAGAUUGCGCUGCCUUACUGGAUGUGUUGCAGAAGCAUGGCCACAAUGAGGUCGACACUGCGCGAGUGUACGGCUCCUCUGAAGAACUCCUCGGCCAGUUGAAGUUACAGGAAAGGGGUAUCGUUAUAGAUACAAAGGUGAAGUCGAUUCCGCGCGGACCAAUGUACUCACACAAGAAAGAUGGGCUCAAGCGCGCACUGCUAGACAGUCUGAAGGCGUUACAGACUGACAAGAUCGACUUGUGGUAUUUGCACGCACCGGAUCGUAGUACCCUGUACGAGGAGACCUUGGAAGCGGUAGACGACCUGUACAAGGAAGGCUACUUCAAGCGGUUCGGACUCAGCAAUUAUGCUGCAUGGGAGGUCGCACAGAUCUGCGAGCUGUGCGAGCGAAAUGGUUGGAAGAAACCCGACGUCUAUCAAGGAGGUUACCAUGCACUACAGCGCACAGUCGAGCCAGAGCUGUUCCCAUGUCUGCGAAAUUAUGGGAUCGCCUUCUAUCAGUACAGCCCGAUAGCUGGCGGUAUGCUGACGGACAAAUACCAUCGCAACACUAUCGAACACGAAGAGGGUAGCCGAUUUGAUCCGAAGAAGAUGCAAGGCAAGGCUUUCCGGGGACGGUACUGGAAUGAUGCGCAUUUCGAUGCUCUGGAUGUGAUCAGACCGGUGGCAAAGAAGCUAGGUAUGACGACUGCUGAGGCGGCAGUCAGGUGGGCUAGUCACCAUAGCUUGAUGAAGAGGGAGUAUGGUGAUGCGGUGAUCAUUGGCGCAAGUAGCACAGUACAAUUGGAAGAGAACUUGGCCAAUCUAGAGAAGGGUCCAUUGCCGGAGGAGAUGGCGAAGGCGUUCGAUGAGGGAUGGGAGAUUGUCAAGGGAGUUUGUGGGUCGUACUUCGCUUGA